AUGCGAGCUUUCCCCUGUGCAGCUCAGCGCAUCAACUUGCAAUGGGCAGAUGAGAGCAGCUCUCGUGAUGACCAGAACGAGCAACGUGUUACGGAUUCGCAGGAGAUGAGAUUCAUGAAUUCCGCCAGCACUCUCUCAGCUCCACCUGAACGAGCUUCUGCUCUCCUUCCCCCUCUGCAUGCGUCCACCAGGCGGGCGUGGAUCAGCGGGCUUGGCAGCGAGGCAGGGGCAGCUGGGAGGGGCAGUGCGGGCAUGCAUGGGGGCGCCAUGAGGGAUGAGCGCACUCCCCAUGGAAACGUGCUGGCAGCGGGAAUCAGACAGGCUGCCCUUGAUGUCGCCUCACAGUGA